AAAGAUAUCUCUUCUACUUAACCGCAUUCCUUGAAUUAAUUAUUUAAUUAUAAACAAGAUAUGCGCUCUCUCUCUCUCUCUCUCUCUCUUUCAAUUAUAUGUAUAUGUUUAUCCAAAAGAAAUCUAUAUAUGGAUAAAAUGAAAUUAUAUAUUUUCUAAGUUUGGUGGCAAAACAAGGUCAAUCUGUUUUUCAUUAUGACAUUAUGUGUAUUAAUGCAAUGUAAUGUAGGUAGGCAUCAAAUAAGAGUGUAAAUCAAGCAAAGUAGUGUAACUUACAUUCAUAUCCGGAUUAUCUGUUAUUUCUUGAUUUUUCUUCGAUGUUUCUUUGCUUCAUUCACUUUAUACUUUAUAGUUUAUACUUUAUACUAAGUAGUUUGUGAGAUCAAACAAACGUACUCUCAUAAAACAUAUGUACAUGUUUCCAACGUUUUUUAUUAUUUCAAUUUUCUGUUAACAGAAUUAAUUGCUAAUAAUUUGUUAGUACUAAUUAGAUUAGAUAUGAAUCAUCAUUCCAAUUCGGUUCCAAUAACCCUUUAUAACUCCCACAAUUCUCAUCAGUCAUAAUAUCCUUCUUAUCCAUAAACAAAUCUAAUAUUUGUUCAUUUUUAUUUUAAAAAGAAAAAUGUUAACACUCACUUUUUUGUUCUGAAUUAUUCAUGACAAUAUGAUAUGUUUUUUCCCCAUUAUUGUUCCUUCACUCUUCCUUCAAUUUGAUUCUUUCUUUUUCCUUCUCUCCUUUUUUAUUAUAUCUUAUAUGUAUUCAUAUUUGGUUUCCUCAGUUGCAUUGUUUGUUCAGCCAUCAAAGGGAAACAAGUUUCUAAGAAACAACCUUUGUUGUCUGCAUCUGUUUGAUCCUUCUCAGGUAAAUGGCUUCUACAACUAUUCUUUCUGCAUGUUGUUAAUGUGUUUGGUGGGGUUAGGAAAACGUGUUUCAGUACAAUGCUCAGUGAGAAAAUGAGAAAAACAAAGAUUGUUAACAAUAAUAAUGGCACAUGCUGCUGAAUCUAGGUGGCAAUACUGAUAUUCCACUCUGCUGAAUAUAGUUUUGCUUUCCUUAUAUGUUUAACGGGGACAUAAAUUUCGAGUUGUUUUUUGGAUAAGGAUAAAUUAGUUGUACUUGCACACUUGGUCCAUUUCAUUAAUUCAAAGAUUUUUUUUCUUAAUGUUCAUUUAUUUGUUAAGGAUUUUGAUGAAAGUCCGAUCAUGGUUUAUUUAUUUAUUUGUGAAGGUUUCCUAAUGAGUUGAGAAGGAAGGGAGGGGGGUGUUUGAAUCAAGGAAACACAAAUGAUAUUUUACAGUUUAUGCAGACUGAUAAAUCAAUUUGAAUGAACGUAUUUGUACUAAUAUAGGGUGGAUAAGUAAAACAAUAUGACUAUGUUGUUUCUUGCUAAAUCGGUAUAAGCAAUUCAAUCGAUGUUCUGGAUUAGAGUGCUGCAUAAUGUGAGUUGGAGUGUUGUUGCUGCAUAAAUUGAGUUCAUGGUAUUUGAUCUCCACUAAAAUUCUUUCUUUACCUUUUCAUUUCUAUGUUUCUGAUAAAUUAAUCUUUGGUUGCAUAUCAUUGUACUGUGGUAUGAGCAAGAGAAAAAAUGUCAAGUGUAAAGAGAUCUUCAUGAAUUUAACUACAUGAAUUUCAAGUUAUAUAUAUAUAUAGCAAUACUUGUGUGUAAUUUACAUGCUUCUUAAUCUGUAGUUGUAUUUGAAUUUAGAGGAUUUUGCUUGAGUAGUUAACUUGUGUCAUAUAUUUCUGUGGCAUUGUUUCACUCUAUGGUGGUAACUAUUUCUCUUCUAUCUUCACAGGUGCUUGAUCUUCCUUACUCAUUUAUUCGAGAUUCUUUAAGUUUUGGAUAACAUUUCAAAUUUCAGGCUCAAUAACUUGGAACUGGAAAAAAGGAUGGUGGCAAGAUCAUGCAUCAAUUUGUUGGACUUGGUGCCAAGGGAAGUUUUAAAUUUCCCUCAAACUCAUCGAGCUCUUCGGCGAGUUAUGACAGUUCCAAGAACAUUUUCUGAUGUAGAUGGCAAAAGAAGGGAUGAUGAUGAUGAUGAAGCGGAGGAUUAUUCAAAUGCUUUCUCAUCAGAAUGCAACCAAAAGAUAAUCAUAGUAGCAAAUUUUCUUCCAAUCAAUGCUGAAAAGGACAAAAAAACCGGCAGAUGGUGUUUUACUUAUGAUGAAGGUUCUAUUUUGUGGCAGUUAAAAGAUUCUAUCUCUUCUGAAACCGAUGUUUUUUACGUGGGAUCGUUGAAGGCCGAUGUAGAUGCUAGCGAACAAGAGAAUGUUUCUGUUGAGUUGUUGGAGGAGUUCAAUUGUGUGCCUACCUUCAUUCCUUCAGAACUACAGAAACAAUUCUAUCAUGGAUUCUGCAAGCAACAUUUGUGGCCUAUAUUCCAUGACAUGUUGCCAAUGUUUGCUGACUUUCGCAAUGGCUUCGAUCGAUCCUUAUGGCAUGCUUAUGUGUCUGCUAACAAGAUUUUUGCAGAUAAAGUCAUGGAGGUCAUUAAUCCAGAACAGGAUUAUGUGUGGGUUCAUGAUUAUCAUCUUAUGGUUCUUCCAACAUUUCUGCGAAGGCGUUGUAAUAAGAUCAAGCUAGGAUACUUCCUUCAUAGUCCAUUUCCUUCAUCAGAAAUCUAUAGGACUUUACCUGUUAGAGAUGAAAUUUUGAAAGCAUUACUCAAUUCAGAUUUAAUUGGCUUUCAUACAUUUGAUUACGCGCGCCAUUUUCUUUCGUGUUGUAGUCGAAUUCUUGGCUUAAAGUCUGAAUCUAAAAGGGGUUACAUUGAGCUUGAAUACUUUGGCCGUAUAAUAUCCAUUAAAAGUUUGCCAGUGGGGAUUCAUGUGGGUUGGCUUCAAUCUGCAUUAGACCACUCUUCUUCUUUAGUCAAAGCCAGAGAAAUCUACAAGAAAUUUAAGGGUAAGAAACUUGUUCUUGGUGUUGAUGAUAUGGACAUAUUCAAAGGUAUCGGUCUAAAGCUCUUGGCAAUGGAAGAACUCCUUCAGCAGUAUCCGGAAUUUCAGGGUGAACUUGUGCUUGUCCAGAUUGUGAAUCCACCAAGGAGUAACGGCAAAGAUGUCGAGGAAGCGCAGAAGGAGACAUAUAUUACUGCUAAUAGGAUAAACAAAAGGUUUGGUUUUGCCGGUUACCAACCUGUGAUCAUCAUUGAUCAUCCUAUUCCUGUGUAUGAGAAGAUUUCUUACUUUGCUUUGGCAGAUUGUUGCAUUGUGAAUGCGGUAAGAGAUGGUAUGAAUUUGAUUCCAUAUGAGUAUGUAGUGUGUAGGCAGGGGAGUUCUAAAAUGGAUGAAGCUCUAGAACUUGAUCCUGAUUCUCCACAUACAAGUGCACUUGUAGUUUCCGAAUUCAUGGGCUGCUCGCCAUCUCUUAGUAGCGCAAUCCGGGUGAAUCCAUGGGACAUCAAUGGUGUAGCUGAUGCAAUGAAUUUGGCCAUCAAAAUGCCAAGUGAAGAGCAACAGUUGCGACAUGAUAAGCACUAUCGAUAUGUUAAGUCUCAUGAUUUAGCUUACUGGAGCAGAAGUUUUAUGCGGCAUCUAGAACACUCUUGUAAGGAUCAUUUUAGGAAUCAUUGCUGGGGAAUGGGGUUUGGUCUGAGUUUUAGAGUCUUGUCCCUUUCUCCAAGUUUCAGGAAGGUUUCGAAUUACAACAUUGUCUCAGCAUAUAAAAGGACUAGUUGCAGGGCAAUUUUUCUGGAUUAUGAUGGUACAAUUGUGCCUCAUUCCUCCGUUGUUAAACUCCCAAGUGCUGAAGUCAUAGCCAUUCUAAAUAACAUUUGCAAUGACCCUAACAACACAGUGUUUAUAGUAAGUGGCAGAGGAAAAACCACAUUGGGUGAAUGGUUCAAUCAGUGUAAGAAUCUUGGUAUAGCAGCUGAGCAUGGUUAUUUUGUGAGAUGGGGUCAAGAAUCAACUUGGGAAAUGAGUCAUAUUUGUACAAACUUUGUAUGGAAAAGCAUUGCUGAACCUGUGAUGAGAUUGUACACCGAGGCAACGGAAGGCGCCUAUAUAGAGACCAAAGAGAGUGCCUUGGUAUGGCAUUAUCGCGACGCGGAUCCUGAUUUUGGAUCUUGGCAAGCCAAGCAGCUGCUAGAUCACCUUGAUAGUGUUCUUGCAAAUGAGCCUGUAGUUGUUAAGAAAGGAAAGCAUAUCAUUGAAGUAAUGCCACAGGGGAUUACCAAAGGUCUAGUUGCAGAGGAGGUUCUUUCUUCCAUGGCCGAAAAUGGGAAAUCGCCAGAUUUUGUAUUGUGCAUUGGGGAUGACAGGUCUGAUGAAGACAUGUUUGAGAGCUUAUUAACCAAAGCUUAUGGUGGAACAUCUUUGCCAGCACCAGAAAUCUUUUCAUGCACUGUUGGUCAAAAACCAAGUAAAGCUAAGUACUACUUAGAUGAUACAGUGGAUGUGAUGAGGUUGCUCCAAGCUCUUGGUACUUCUUGAGCUAGAAGAAUGGAAGUGUGUUUUGACUUUUGAGGGUGUAGGACGCAUAACAUAGAUAGGUUUAGGGUAUGAUAGUUGUUAACUUGUUUUUAAGCUAGAGAUAUACCUAAUCAUGCUUUAAGAAACUAGUUUCUAAUUCAGAUAGUGAGCAAGUCGAGUAUUAGAAUGUCUGGCUUUGAUUGUUAGGAAACCGCAAAUAGACUCUUUUUUUUUAGCAAUACAUUCGCUUGUUGAUAAUUUAUAUUCAGUUAAACUCAUAAUUCAAUU